AUGUUCAGUCUUGAACAGCCUGUGGGCUAUGUGAAGAAGCCGUCCCUUAAAGACAAGGUCCACUGUGUCGUCUUUGUGGUGGAUGCUUCUAAAGUGUCCAGCUACACCAAUAGCCGUGGGAACUACGGUGAAGCCACAGUGUUAGUGAACCUGGGCUUCUUACACAUUGCCUCUAACCAGUUAUUUUGCAACAUCGAUGGGUGCAACCAACAAACUCUACAGCCUGCCUCCAGUCUUCUGGCUAAUGGAAGACAAUGUCCCUCCUGCAGCAGCUUUAAGGAUACGGUGUGUAACAGCACUGUGGCCUGCCUGGGUGUGGAAGACCAGUGCUUUAGCGGCAUAACACCUGGCAUUAUCAAUUCUACUACGGUGAAUCUCAAGGGCUGUACAACUUCCAACGUGUGCAUUUCCAUUAAUCAACUGCUGCCCUCAGUGAAUCAACUGCUGCCCUCAGUGAAUCAACUGCUGCCCUCAGCGAUUAGCAUUAGUGACCUCGGAAAUGUGUUCACCUGUGAGACAGCUCCUGUAACUGUAACCACAGCCCCUGUAACUGUAACCAAAGCCCCUGUUAUUGUAACUACAGCCCCUGUAACAGCCACAGCCUGGUCCAUCAGACUGAGCCUAGUCCUUCUGCUGCUGGGCCUCACCAUCAGCAAACUUAUCUGAUAUAAACAGAGAUUAACAUAUCGGGACUCAUCUGACAAGAUAAUGCAUUGAUUACAAAACAACAGAAUGUACAAUGAUUUUCAUGUAUUGUGAAAGAUAUACUUGUUCUUCCUUUAAAAGUUGUGUUGUACUGCAGCACAGCUUGCAGGCUGCCGCAAAAUUCUAUGGCACGUUAUUUAAGUGUCA